AUGACCGCCUGGCCUUGGCCUAGACGGGUCAGCCCGCAUCUCGAGAAAGUCGGAAAAGAAGCAACAGAGUGGCUCCACAGCCUCGCGCCUUUUAACCCCAAGUCGCUGGCUGCAUUCAACAAGUGCAACUUUUGUCUUCUGGCGGCGCUAUCGUACCCGCAGCUUGAUGAAUCUCAUUUCCGGACGGCAUGCGAUCUCAUCUUUUUCUUCUUCGUUGUGGACGAAUACACAGACGUCGGAAGCGCACCGGUUGUGCAAGAACUUGUGAAUGUUAUGAUGAACGCUUUUGAACAUCCGCAUGAGCCAAGGCCAGAGGGAGAGUCUAUUCUGGGAGAGCUGUCGCGGCAGUUCUGGGCGCGAGCGAUAAAGAUUAUAACACCUGAAGCGCAGCGCCACUUCAUGGACAGUGUUACGCAGUACCUCAAGAGCGUUGUCACGCAGGCUGCAGACAGAGACGCCAAUGUCUGCAGAAAUAUUCACGAGUACCUGCUUGUACGGCGGGAAACUGUUGGCGUCCGCGUAGCUUUCACACCAGCUGAGGCGCCAUUGAGCAUACCCGACGACAUAUUCUUCCAUCCUUCCCUUCAGGCGUUGUCAGAUUGCGUUAUAGAGCUUGUCAUCAUCGACAAUGAUAUAGUAUCAUACAACCGUGAGCAGACGACUGGCGAUGAGAACCACAACCUCAUCACCGUGGUCCGUCGCGAGCUCGGAUGUAGCCUAGACGACGCAUUUGUCUGGGCAGCAAGAUAUCACGCUGAGAUACAGGAGCGUUUUCACUCUCGCAUGGGGAGCUUACCAUCAUGGGGGCCUCGGAUGGAUGAUGAGGUGAAACAGUAUGUAGAAGGUAUGGCGUAUUGGGUGCGGGGCAACCAUGCUUGGAGCUACGAGGGACAGAGGUACUUUGGAUCGAGAGGAGUCGAGAUUCAAAAAACGCGGAAAGUUCCGCUUCUCGACAAGGUCGACAAAUCAGGAUCGACGGCGAAGGAGCAGGAGGUCAUGGUAGACGUGAUGUAUUUCUGA